UCUAUUACUAGAAUUUUUGAAAAGUCCCUUGGAUGGUUACAUAAAAACUCUAAGUGUUCCUACAAGAGUUUUGCGAUCCAAAGAACGGAUAGGAUUAAUAAAAGCGAGGCUUUUGGGAGCAAAUGAUGCUAAAGGCGAAGUUCUCACUUUUCUCGAUGCUCACUGUGAAUGUACGGUUGGAUGGUUGGAACCAUUGCUUGAAGCAGUUGGUAAAAACGCGACAAGAGUCGUCUCUCCAGUAAUUGACAUAAUAAACGAUGAUACUUUUAGUUAUACAAGAUCGUUUGAGCUCCAUUGGGGUGCAUUUAACUGGGAUUUACAUUUUCGUUGGCUAACAUUAAAUGGCCGUCUGCUGAAGGAACGGCGCGACAACAUAGUCGAACCAUUUCGAACGCCCGCCAUGGCAGGCGGGUUAUUUUCUAUCAACAAGGAUUAUUUCUUUAAAUUGGGCAGUUACGAUGAUGAGAUGCGAAUCUGGGGUGGCGAGAAUUUGGAACUGUCAUUUCGAAUAUGGCAAUGCGGAGGCAGUAUUGAAAUUGCUCCUUGCUCCCACGUCGGGCAUCUCUUCCGAAAAUCUUCUCCUUAUACUUUCCCGGGCGGCGUCGGUGAUAUCUUAUACGGCAACCUUGCCAGAGUCGCUAUAGUGUGGAUGGAUCAAUGGGCGGAGUUUUAUUUCAAGUUCAAUCCUGAGGCAGCUAGAUUGAGAUACAAGCAGCAGGUUCGUUCGAGAUUAGCUUUACGUGAGAAACUACAGUGUAAAAGUUUUGAAUGGUACUUGGAGAAUGUGUGGCCCGAACACUUUUUUCCUACGGACGAUCGAUUCUUCGGCAGGAUAGUGCACGCCGCAACAAAGAGAUGCAUCAUGCGACCGACCGCGAAAAGUUCGUACGCGCAACCUUCAGGGAAUGCGGUUCUACACUCCUGCAUACCGCGACCGAUGUUCAGCCAGAUGUUUGUGAUGACCAAAAACGGAGUGAUAAUGACGGACGAAAGUGUAUGUUUGGAUGCACCAGAACGAGAUACGCAGCAGAGGAUGCCGAAAGUGAAAAUAAUGGCGUGUAGCGGUCGCGAAAGACAAAAAUGGCAAUACGAUGAACAAAUGAGAGUAUUUUUGCACAUGCCUUCCGAAAUGUGUCUUCAGGCAAUGGACGAUGAUACGCUUGUAGUAGCGGUUUGUACUAAAAAUCUUAAUCAACAAUGGAUCUUGGAACCAGUUCUUUGGAAAUAAUUGUAGUGUUACUACGUUAUUAAGGAAGAAGAUAUAAGAGAAGAUAGUGCAUUAAUGAGCUAUCAGUCUGUCAAUGAUUAAUGGACACUUUUUUUGUGACACCCAGAUUUACAUACACAAUUCCACACGACAGUUUAUGUAUGGCUGUCAUUUUAAUGAAAAAUUAAUAUUUUUAUACUUUUAUAUUUUUUAACACAUUUACAGAUAUCUCCACGACAAUGUUUGAAUUGUGCAAUAAAAAUAAAAUGCUAUUUAUCACUUGUA